UUACGCCAUUGUGCCCAUUACGCCGCUGUGCCUAUUACAAGCAUCUCAAUCAGCGAAACCGAUCAACGCGUCCAGGUUGGCCUUCAUGACGCUCCGAACUUUCCAGCUGAUUUGGCGAGUAAGGCGGAUUUUAUGCUUGCGCGAUUCAAUCCGCCGCCUUUUACCCUCACCCUGGCACCAGCGCGCACCCAUUCGCAGCUUCCGGGCAUUCCAGGCUGCGCAGAGCACACACUUCAAACACGCUCUUCACCAUGCCGCGAUUCACCGCAUAAGAUAAUCCUCAUAUACACUGGCUUCUGCCCCCAUUAACAACGCUCGGAAUUCAGUCAGAGCUUAACCACCUCCUUUCCUCACGCAUUCAUUUAAGCCAUUCCCGAUGCUACGACCCACCGCAUCCAGGCUUAUUAGCAGACUCUCAAGGCGCGUGUGGCGCUCGAUACUCCGCGUCACGCUGAUCCUCCUGGUGGUGCCACUGUUCUUACAGUGGCUGAUCGGAUACCUGGUAGGCGGCGAUGCAAGGAUCUUACCAUCCUCACUACAGGAUGCGAAGAAUUUGCUGAUCGUGACUGCGCAUCCCGACGAUGAGUCUUUGUUCUUCGCACCGAGCAUUCUAGGGGUGCUGGAUAGGAAUCAUGAUGUUAGAGGUGGCCUGCUGGUUAUGUCUACAGGAAAUAAUACUGGGAUUGGCGAGACGAGAAAAGAGGAGCUGAGGGGCUCCUGUGAGUCGCUGGGUAUCGACCUGGGUAGAUGCAUCGCGCUGGAUCGAGCCGAAUUGCAGGAUAAUCCGAUGGCGUGGUGGAAUACGGAUCUCAUCCAAAGCAUCGUGACCGAGUAUGUCCACAAAUGGGACAUUGACGCUAUUCUCACAUUUGAUUCAGACGGGAUCUCCGGACAUAGAAACCACAGGGCUGUUAGCGCCGCUAUAAGCAAUUAUGCAUCGACCAAUGCUGAAGCUCCCGUCGCUUACAUGGUCACCACAACCACUCUUCUCCGCAAAUACACCUUUCUUGGUGACCUCACUCUGACCGCAUUACCCUUUACUUGGCGCAUCUUGGAAGCGAUGGCUUUCCCAUCCCCCGUGGCGGAUCGCAGCUACAGGCACAAAGCGCUGGUUGCCAGUACGUGGCAGCGAUACGUCAAGACUCGCGCUGCCUUCCGCAACCACAAUAGCCAGUACUCGUGGGAUCGGCACUUGUAUCUAGUUUUGAGCCGGUAUGUGUGGUUUAAUGACCUCAAAAAGGUGCCUAGCAUAGGGGACAAAGCUUAAUCAAAAUUCCCUUCCGCUCCACAGAUUCUCUCUGUCAUAUAUAAGCAUCCAAACCCCCAACCACUUCCGGCGUGAAAAAACAAUGUCAGAGCUCCCGAAGCUCGAAUUUUAGCAUUUUUGGAUUAUUGUACCAUAUCGACGUCUAUACCUAAUUGUUCUCGAUCAUGUCAUUACGACUCUAUCGCACGCACCCCAUCCUCUUCUAUGGCAUCAUCUUCGGGAUUCUCAUGCUCUACUAUUUCCACACCCUGAUCUGCACGACCUACUCCCUCCUCUCCCUAAACUUUAAUUGGCCACGGGACGCGCCCGACUUCCUCAUCUCAUCCAACGCGGACCGCGACGCUUUUGAUCUCAGCUUUGCGAAC